UUUUAGAAAUUUUAUCCUUCCAAGACAAAUGGCUAGCACAUUCUGUCGUCUCCUGGCUGGCCGUGCAACUGCUGCAUCCUUUGCAGCAGCAGGCACAGGGAUCCUAACUGCUGGCUACCUCUUCAAUAAGCAAAAUGUUAAAGCUACUGUUCAAGAAAAACGAAAACUCUUCCCUCCAAGUGCAGACUAUCCUGAUCUCCGUAAACAUAACAACUGCAUGGCUGAAUGCCUCACACCAGCAAUUUAUGCCAGGCUAAGGGACAAAAUGACUCCAAAUGGCUACACCCUAGACCAGUGUAUCCAAACCGGGGUUGACAAUCCUGGCCAUCCUUUCAUUAAAACUGUGGGCAUGGUUGCAGGUGAUGAAGAAUCCUAUGAGGUAUUUGCUGAGAUUUUUGACCCUGUCAUUAAAGUGAGACAUAAUGGCUAUGAUCCAUGCACAAUGAAGCAUCACACAGACCUGGAUGCAUCCAAGAUCACCCAUGGUCAAUUUGAUGAGCGAUAUGUCCUCUCAUCACGAGUACGUACUGGUCGUAGCAUCCGGGGUCUCAGCCUUCCUCCAGCUUGUACCAGGGCAGAGAGAAGAGAAGUGGAAAAUGUUGUAGUCACUGCUCUAGCUGGGCUGAAAGGAGACCUUUCUGGAAAAUACUAUAGCUUGACAAAUAUGUCUGAGAAGGAUCAGCAGCAGCUUAUUGAUGAUCAUUUUCUCUUUGAUAAGCCAGUGUCCCCUUUGCUAACAUGUGCUGGGAUGGCACGUGACUGGCCAGAUGCCAGAGGAAUCUGGCAUAACAAUGACAAGACAUUUCUUGUCUGGAUUAAUGAAGAGGACCACACCAGGGUGAUCUCCAUGGAAAAGGGUGGCAACAUGAAACGGGUGUUUGAAAGAUUUUGUCAUGGUUUAAAAGAGGUUGAAAAAUUAAUUAAAGAACGAGGCUGGGAGUUCAUGUGGAAUGAACGUCUUGGAUACAUUCUGACUUGUCCUUCAAACCUAGGAACUGGUUUACGUGCUGGAGUCCAUGUAAAGCUGCCAAAGCUUAGCAAGGAUCCCAGGUUUCCAAAAAUCCUGGAUAACUUGAGGCUACAGAAGCGUGGCACUGGUGGAGUGGACACAGCAGCUGUAGCAGAUGUGUAUGAUAUCUCCAACUUGGACCGCAUGGGUCGAUCAGAGGUAGAACUAGUUCAGAUUGUCAUUGAUGGAGUCAACUAUCUAGUUGACUGUGAGAAGAAACUGGAAAGAGGUCAAGACAUUAAAGUACCACCACCAUUACCUCAGUUUGGCAGGAAGUGAUCUUGUGGCUGAUGUCUGUUAAUGAUAAAAAAUAUGGCUGCCAUUUUGACAGAAAGGCACCUCUGUAUAUCUCUAUUUAAAUACCUUGUUUAAUAAAACACUGCCUGAUACCCAAUGUCUCUCUACAUGCCUGGUCACACUAACAGAAAAUAGUCUUAGUGCAGCUUUCGUAGGACAGCCACUUUGUAGGGACUUCUUCCCUUUUCCCUUUGUCUUCUCAGGAACCUUUACCUAGGCUUUGAACCUUUCUUUCUUGGCUGAUGAUAAGGAAAGUAUUACCUAAAUAAUGCAAAAGGCACAAAUACAUAACUCUAGCUUGUAUGUACACUUAUGGCUAUAUUUAUGCAGACUUCUGAGCACCUGAGUUUUAUUCACAGAAGCACUUGUCUUGAGUGCCUGUCUAGAGUACAAAAAUCUCUCAGUCUGAAGGGCAGGUGCUUGCAAUAUGCUCAUUACUUUUUCAGCAUUCAACACCAUGUUCAAAAGUUAACUAGAGCAAGCAGCUGCAAAUGGCUUCAGUCUCUGAAGUCUGCCACUUGACCUGUCAUCUGGAACUCAUUGGUGUCUCUGUAUGGGAGAUGUCUCUUCUCUGUCCAGGACUGGUUUGCAGACAAACUUAUUUACCAUGUCAUCCCAAACUCUCAGACUUUCUUAGCCCUGGUGGAGAUUUCACCAGUUCAGCAGGUUGCAUUCAGGUGUUUUCCUCAGGUACCACCUCUGGCCUUAGACUGCAGCAAGCUGAACCUAAAAUCAGAAGUAACAAAUAUCAGUUUGCUGAUAUUCUGUAUCCAACAGAAACCUGCCCAGCAUGACCUCUUCCAGUCUUUUCCUUCAGCUUUCUGGUCAUGGGUAAUAGGGACCAGGCUCCAGCACCAGUCACCCAAGUGCCCAGGAUGUACUGGAAUACAGUACCCUGAGUAAAAGCUUCUCAGUGCUCACCACUGUUCCAUGUGGUAAGCAGCUUGGAAAAACAGCAGACAGUUUGAGUCCCUUUGCUUAUCUUUUGCAUAUGAAACAUAUUCAGUGUUUCACAGUAACCUUUCAAAACAUGCCCUGGUGAAUGUGCUGUCUGUGUUGACAUUGAGCUGGGAGUAGUAUCUGUAAGGCUAUGUAGAAGAGGAGGGUAUCUGCUCAUGUAUUGAGUUUGCAUGGCAAGAUUUUGGAGGAGGGGGGGAGAUACAGGGAUAGCUUAUGUAAGAUGUCAGAAACUUCCCCUAUGUCUGACAGUCAGUUGUAGCCAGCUUCAAGACAGAUUUGCCACUGGCCAAAGCUGAGCCAAUCAGCCCUGGUGGUAGCACUCCUGUAAUAACAUUUAAGAAGGGGAAAAAGGUUCUGUGCAACAGCAGGCAGAAGAGAGGAGUGAGAAUAUGUGAGACAAACAACUCUGUGGAUACCAAGG